AUGAAAAUCAGAUCAGGCAUUCUGCCUCGCUUGAAGCAGUUCAAUCAGGUUCAUUCAUUUAGGUUGAAACUUCCAGAGGAGUUCAUCAUGGAGGAUCCGAAUGGUUGUGAUGUCACGCUACGUUCGUUCAUUCAGUGGCAAAGAAUGCACGCCUGGCUGGGAUUGAUGAGAGGUGGGCAGUGGUGGGAGUCAGCACGUUUCAAAUGGUGUUCUCAGGAUGGUGGUGUAGGAAGAAUCAGCUCGUUGGCUGUUCGACUGACAUUCAAAAGUUCGGAUGAAAUCUUGUGUGCCGACCUGAAUGUGGUGGUCGGUGCAAUGGAGUACAGUAAUGACGAUUUUUGA